UCUAUCCUACCUGGCUCCAUUUUGUACUUUUCUUUUUUCCGAUGUGGGACUAAGAAACGAGAAAAAUUCAAUCUUUUUCCUGUCUUUCUUCUUCUUCUUCUCUUUCACAGCUCUAACUGUAAAGUCUGUAAUGGUCUCCCUUUUAAUCUAGUUCCAAUAUUCCGUCGCUCUCAUCUAACUAGAAAGGACUUGGAGAUGAAGAAGGAGCUUCUGAGGUCCUUCUCGAGGCUCGGAGGUGUUAGGGGUUAUCAGGGGACGAGAAGUAAGGAGCUUAAAAUUGAGGGAAUUAAGCAUGCUAUAGCUGUUGCUUCUGGUAAAGGCGGUGUCGGCAAGUCCACCACUGCCGUUAAUUUGGCUGUUACACUUGCCAACAAGUGUCAGUUGAAAGUUGGGUUGCUUGAUGCUGAUAUUUAUGGACCAAAUGUUCCCAUUAUGAUGAACCUUGAUAAGAAGCCCGAAGUUACUGAAGAUAAGAAAAUGAUUCCACUCGAGAACUAUGGAGUUAAGUGUAUGUCAAUCGGACUUCUUGUUGAAAAGGAUGCCCCACUUGUCUGGAGAGGUCCUAUGGUAUCAAGUGCUCUUGAAAAAAUGACAAGGGGAGUUGAGUGGGGAAGCCUUGAUAUUCUUGUAGUGGAUAUGCCCCCUGGUACUGGCGAUACUCAGAUAACUUUAUCACAAAGGCUUCGACUGUCAGGUGCAUUGAUUGUUUCAACACCUCAGGAUGUUGCAUUAAUGGAUGCUCGUAGAGGCGUAAAUAUGUUCUCUAAAGUUCAAGUUCCUAUUUUGGGACUAAUAGAGAAUAUGAGCUGGUUUAAGUGCCCACAUUGCAGUGAAUCCUCGUUCAUUUUCGGGAAGCAUGGUACUCGGAAGACAGCUGACGAGAUGGGAUUGGAGUUUCUUGGCGAGAUACCGUUGGAACCAGCAAUCCGAGAAGGUUGUGAUGAAGGCGUUCCCUUAGUAAUGUCAGCGCCCGAUUCAGCAGUGUCCAAAGCCUAUGAGGAUUUGGCCCAUAAAGUUGUCAAAAGACUUGAAAUAAUGUCUAAUGAAGAACAAACUCAACCAGAGAUUCGACUGUGAUCUCUUUCUUGUUUGGUCUGUUUCUGAAUUUGAAACAUCCUUACAUGUCUUUGGUUUUGCUCAUAUUGUUUCUUCAUCUUCCAUAGUUAUAAAGUAAGACUUUUGAUUAUGCUGAUAACCCUUUAUUUUGUGGGGUUUGAGGUAUUAGAUUGAUUGGUUUUCAUUUUGAAAAAUAAUUAUUUUGGAAUUUUAUAAUUUGGAAAAAUAAUGACUAGUUAGUGAAAAUUAACAAAUUGCACAAAAGAUGGAUAUUGAUGCAAUUUAAUGUGCA